AUGAUUUGUUCUUAUGAUUUAUGUAACACAUUGAUAAGUUUAGAUUCCUUAAUGGAAGGACUGACAAUAUAAUGUUUGUGGUGUCCAAAUGCUUUUUAUUGUUGUGAUAUUUGUCGAAUGUCAGAUAGGUAUCAAGCAAUUAGAAAUUAAAUGUUAGCAAACAUAAAUAAUUAUGUGGAGGCAUAGAACAGACAGUUAUUGUAGAUAAAUAAAAUGUUAUAAAAGAAAUGCAAUUAUUGGAAUAAAUAGGAUAAGGGAGUUUUGGAACAGUGCAUAAAAUAUAAAUACAUGGAUAAUUGUAUGCUCUAAAGAAGUUGAAUAAGAAUUAAUGUUCGAAAGAAGUAAGAAUUCAUAAGCAUUUGAAUCAUAAAAACAUAAUUUAGUUUCAUUAUUUCAUCGAAGAUGACGAUUCUAUUUAUCUAGUUAUGGAAUAUGCACGUAAGGCUGUGUUAAUUUUUAGCUCAAGGCACAUUAACAUAGAAUAGAGAGAACUGCAAUUUUUACAACAUCUUUAUACAAUUGUGUGAGGCUACUAUGUAUCUUCAUGAAAAAGGUAUAAUCCAUAGAGAUUUGAAACCUGACAACAUUUUAUUAGACAAAAAUGGGAAUCCAAAAAUUUGUGAUUUUGGCUUAGCUACUUAUGAAUGUGUAAUAAGUAGUUUUUCUGGAACAUUUGAAUUUAUGGCACCAGAAGUGAUUAGAAAUCUACCUCAAACUCAAAAAAUUGAUGUGUGGUCAUUAGCUGCUAUAUUAUACUGGUUGCUCGAAAACAAACCAUUAGUAUAAGGUUUAAUAAUAAACAAAUUUAGGCAAUUAGAUUGAGAAAAUGCAGUAAAUUCUUGAUUUUAAGUCACCUUAAUUUACAAAAAUAUCAAAUCCAUUAAUUCAAGAUCUAUUAACUUAGAUGCUCGUCCCAGAUCCUGAUCACAGAAUUUCAUUGCAAGGUGUGCUAAAUCAUAAAUGGGUAGAAAGCAUAGAUAGAGUAGAGAAAGAAAUUAAUGAUAUUUCCACAUAACCAAGUGUUUAAAGACAACAACAAAUAGAAAUCUAAUAAUAAAUGUAAAAACAAAAUGUUAGCAUUUUGUAAAAAGUUAUAUCGCUUUUUGGUUGCGGAGGGAGAGAGAAGCAAUUUUGA